CAACGCGCGGUUGGACCGACGGCUGACCGCGGUCAAAGCGCGGUUUGACCAUCGGUCAAUCGCCCUUUGACCGCGGUCAGCCGUCGGUUCAACCGCGCGUUGACCGCGGUUGACCGUCGGUCAAACCGCGAUUGGACUGCGGUUGAAUUUUUUUUUUUUUUUUUUACCUUCUUCUCCGGCGACUGUGGAACGAGAUGGGCGGCGACUGUGGAGCGCGAUGGGCGGCGAUGGCGACGGAACGCGACGGCGGCGACUGUGGAGCGCGAUGGCGACGCGAUGGGCGGCAGCGACUGUGGAGCGGGACGGCGACACGAUUGGCAGCGGCAACUGUGGAGCGGGAUGGAGACGGGACUGGCGAUGGGCGACGGGAGUGGCGGGCGGCGACGACGGGACUGGCGAGAGGUCGGCGGCGGCGACGGGACUGGAGUCCGGCCGGUGAGGGAGGUCGCGGGUGACUGGAGUCCGGCCGGUGAGGGAGGUCGCGGGUGGUGGGAGGAGUUGGGGGGAGUAGAAUUUGAAAAUUGGUAAGGGCUUGUUUGUUUAAGUCAAUUGGGAGUUUUUGUUUAAGGGUAUAUAAGAAAUUGUACAUUCAAGU